CGUAAGGGCUUUCUUAGUUGUUAUUGCUAACAAAAAACGUGACAAAACUGUAUUUACCUUUAUUGAUCCGCAGAAGAGUUGAAAAAUGGAGAAUGAAUGUCAGCCGGAAAAUAUGAAAACUUCCGAUCAAGAGAUGGAUGAGGAGUCAGUUCAGCAUAACGUGGAAGCUACUAAAGUGUUAGAGCAAAACGGCGGCGGCGAAGUGAAAGCGGAUUCUAGCAGUAAAUCGGAGUCGCAGCGCAUCUUAAGUGGCGGGACAUCGAUGUCAAUGUCAAUUCGAAACUUCGGCGGCAGCAGCAGCAGCGUCGAUCAUGCGGACAUAGAAUGUGGCUUGACUGCUCAAUACAUAGCUGACGGACUCUGUAGUAUGCGUCGUGACCAGCGUGUCUUAGCCAUGUUCAUGAUCAACAUUAUCAUGAAUCGUCUGAUACACCGGCAGCACCGGCAGGGGCAAUGGUGAUGCGAAAUAGGGCAAAAAUAUUGUAAAAUCGCACUUGUAUGACAAAUAUACAUAAAUAAAAGUGUUGUAUUUGAUUUUAAA